CAGGCAUUAUGUUAUCUGCUUUCAUUAUCGGUGGUAAAACCGAUAACGGUAUGAACCGAUAUUACAAAAAUCGGCUAAUAUCGGCCGAUAUUAUCGGACAAGUUUAUAUUGUUGAUAAGUUUAGUCAUUUUAUCUGAAAUUUCCAGUGAGAAAGGAGGAUAAAUAACUUGACAAACUUUCCAUUUUAGACAGUAAAACCCUCCCAAAUACAGUGAUGUCUCUUUGUAGCCAGGAGCUCAGAACGGUUUUGCAUUUAUCCACAUUGUUACAAACAAUCCCCCUAUUAAAUGUCUGCGCACUGACACGAUAUUUAUUUAUUUAUUUAUUUAUUUAUUUAUUUAUUUAUUUUGCGCGUGGACUAGAACAGCGGACAGGAAGCGCCUGUGACCACAGACUGAACAUGUUGCGCAGAAGGUCGUGACGCUGUUGACAUGACAGUUUAAAUAUGAAUGAAUAUGUCAAAAUAAAUGAGAGAAAAAGAUAAAACUUGGAACAGAAACCUCCUGUUAAACACGAUUCCCUGUAAAUGGAGAGAGGAGGAGCAACGAAAGUGAAAGUGUUCAGUCUGAGUUUUUUCAGAUUCUCCAUUUUGAGGCGACGGAGCAGAAAGAAGAGAAGCGGUUGAAGCAGAACUGAUGGAAGUCCAGAGGAUGGAGGACGAGGAGGACGGAGCAGAGUCUAUGGAGAGUCACUGGUCCAAAGAAUUAAAUCCUCCAGACUUCAGUAGAGAACCUGGACCCUCAGACACAAAAUAUCUGCACCACAGAGAGAGACCAGAGUCUACAGUCUCCAGCUGUCUGUCUAUGAAGAGUGACUUCUCCAAAGAAUUAAAUCCUCCAGACUUCAGUAAAGAACCUGGACCCUCAGACACAAAUCCUGUUUCUGUGGAGGAGCAGCCGUCCUGCUGUGCUUUGUGUCAGGACGUCCUGAAGGAUCCAGUCUCUAGCAGCUGUGGACACUGGUUCUGUAGACAGUGCAUCACCUCAUACUGGGACCAGUCUGCUUCAUCAGGACACUCCUCCUGUCCCCAGUCUGAUGUUGGUCUGCAGGAGGUUUUAGAUGAACAUAAGAUCAGUCUGAGGAGGAGAUGUGAACAUGUGACUGAAGGAACUGAUGUAAGAGGAACAGGAACCCUCCUCAACAGGAUCUACACUGAGCUCUACAUCACAGAGGGACAGAGUAAGGAGAUUAAUACCCAACAUGAGGUGAAGCAGCUGGAGACAGCUUCCAAGAUGAAGUCCCUCCAUGACACUCCAAUCAGGUGCCACGACAUCUUUAAAGCCUCACCUGACCAACAGAGACACAUCAGAGUGGUUCUGACCUACGGCGUCGCUGGCUUUGGAAAAACCUUCUCAGUGCAGAAGUUCACUCUGGACUGGGCAGAGGGUUUGGAAAACCAAGAUGUCAGUGUGGUGAUUGUGCUUUCGUUCAGGGAGCUGAACUUGAUCAAAGAUGAGCAGUACAGUCUUCUCAGGCUGCUCCAUGUUUUCCAUCCAACAUUACAGAAGGUCACAGCAGAGCAGCUGGCUGUCUGCAAACUUUUGUUCAUCUUUGACGGCCUGGAUGAAAGCAGACUUUCAUUGAAGUUCAACAACAGUGAGGUUGUGUCUGAUGUCACACAGAAGGCAUCAGUCAACGUGCUGCUGACAAACCUCAUCAAGGGGAACCUGCUUCCCUCAGCUCUGGUCUGGAUCACUUCCAGACCUGCAGCAGCCAAUCAGAUCCCUCCUACAUGUGUUGACAGGGUAACAGAAGUACGAGGCUUCACUGACGCCCAGAAGGACGAGUACUUCAGGAAGAGAUUCAGUGAUGAAGAGCUGUCCAACACAAUCAUCUCCCACAUCAAGACCUCCAGGAGCCUCCACAUCCUGUGUGCAGUCCCAGUCUUCUGCUGGAUCACUGCUACAGUUCUGGAGCACAUGUUGACUACAGAGCAGAGAGGAGAACUGCCCAAGACCCUGACUGACAUGUACUCACACUUUGUGAUGGUUCAGACAAAGAGGAAGAAGAACAAGUACCAUGAGGGACAUGAGACGAGUCCACAGGAGCUGAUGGAGGCUGACAGGGAAGUUCUUCUGAAGCUGGGGAGGCUGGCGUUUGAACAUCUGGAGGAAGGAAACAUCAUGUUCUACCAAGAAGACCUGGAGCGCUGUGGUCUGGAUGUGACAGAGGCCUCAGUGUACUCAGGAGUUUGUACAGAGAUCUUCAAAAGAGAGAGUGUGAUCUUCCAGAAAUCAGUCUACUGCUUUGUUCAUCUGAGCGUUCAGGAGUUUCUGGCUGCAGUCUACAUGUUCCACUGUUACAUCAACAAGAAGACAGAGGUUCUGAAGAACUUCCUGUGGAGAGACCACUGGAUCUCCAUUAAGUCUCUGGAUGACUUUCUGUAUGGAGUCAUGAAGAAAUCCCUGCACAGUAAAAAUGGUCACCUGGACCUGUUUGUACGCUUCCUUCAUGGCCUCUCUCUGGAGUCCAACCACAGACUCUUAGGAGGUCUGCUGGGUCAGACAGAGAACAGUCCAGAAAUCAUCCAGAGAACCAUCGACAGGCUGAAGAAGAUGAACACUGAUAAAAUGUCUCCUGACAGAAGCAUCAACAUCUUCCACUGUCUGAUGGAGAUGAACGACCUCUCAGUUCAUCAGGAGAUCCAAGAGUUCCUGAAGUCAGAGAACAGAUCAGAGGAGAAACUCUCUGAUAUCCACUGCUCAGCUCUGGCCUACAUGCUGCAGAUGUCAGAGGAGGUUCUGGAUGAGUUGGACCUGAAUCAGUACAACACAUCAGAGGAGGGACAACGGAGACUGAUCCCAGCUGUGAGGAACUGCAGAAAGGCUCGAUUAACUGGAUGUAGACUCUCAGAGACUCACUGUGAAGUUGUGUCCUCAGCUCUGAAGUCCAACCCUUCCUAUCUGACAGAGCUGGACCUGAGUAAUAAUGACGUGGAGAAUUCAGGAGUGAAGCAUCUGUCUGCUGGACUGGAGAGUCCAAACUGUAAACUGGAGACUCUGAGGUUGUGGAGCUGCAGUUUGUCAGAGAUCAGCUGUGAUUCUCUGGUCUCAGCUCUGAAGUCCAACCCCUCCCAUCUGAAAAAUCUGGAGCUGAGAAACAACAACCUGAAGGAUUCAGGAGUGAAGCAGCUGUGUGGUUUUCUGGAGAGUCCAGACUGUAGACUGGAGAAACUGGGGUUGAGUUACUGCAGUUUGUCAGAGAUCAGCUGUUAUUAUCUGGUCUCAGCUCUGAAGUCCAACCCCUCCCAUCUGAAACAUCUGGAGCUGAGUGACAACAACCUGAAGGAUUCAGGAGUGAAGCAGCUGUGUGGUUUUCUGGAGAGUCCAGACUGUAGACUGGAGACUCUGGAGUUGAACAGCUGCAGUUUGUCAAAGAUCAGCUGUGAUUCUCUGGUCUCAGCUCUGAAGUCCAACCCCUCCCAUCUGAAACACCUGGUCCUGAGUGGAAACAAGCUGAAGGAUUCAGAUGUGAAUCAGCUUCUUGAUCUUCGGGAGAGUCCAGACUAUAAACUGAAGACUCUGAGGUGGAGGUGAUAAACAGGAGGAUGAGCUGUGUCCUGAUGAUCCAGAGGGUGAAGCAGCAGCAGCUUGUGUGGACAGAGACUCUGACUGCAGAUAAAUGCUGAUGUUGAUCAAGAAUUGAGCAGCUCAGUCACAAACAUUCUUCUCCCAGUGAUGUAGCCAGUGUUCAGUUAUACUGACUCUGAUACAGUGGUGUGAAAAAGAGUUUGGAUCCUUCAGGAUUUAUUAGUUUUACUGUUUGUCACCUAAAUGUUUCAGAUCAUUGAACAAAUUUAAAUAUGAGACAAAGAACACAAGUAAACACAAGAUGCAGUUUUUAAAUGGAGGUUUUUAUUAUUAAAGGAAAUAAAUCCAA